AUGUUAGUAAAAGCAAUGACAAAAUACAAGUAGAACUUAUUAAAGUAAUAUGAUGAGAGUAAUCAAGAAUCAAAGUUUAAAAUCCUUUAUGGUAACUAUAUUAAUUUUGAAAUCAAGAUUAAACAAAUGAAUAAAUUAGAUAAUGUUAUAAUGAAGGAAUUUUAGAAACUGAUGAAGAAACUUUAUAACGUUUUAGAAGUAAUUAUUUAAUGAUAAUUUAGUUGACUUUUUACUUGAAAUUAAUGAAAAACAAGAAGCUAUUUAUUUUACUGAUAAAUAUAUUGAGAAAUACCCAAAAAAUGUUGAAGGAUAUUAAUACAAAGGUAUGAAAGUAAUUAUUUAGCAAAUAUCUUAUUUGAAGAGAAAAAAUUUGAGUAAAUUAUUGAGUUAUAUGAUCAAGCCAUUUUUCAUUCUCCUACUAAUUUUUAGUUGUAAUAUGAAAAAGGUUGAUUUAGAUAAUUAUAUCUUUAGCAUUAUAUCUAGAAAAAUAGGAAAGAUGGGUUGAUGCAUUAAAAUGUAUUAAUUUAGCUUUAAAAAUAUCUCCUUAAUCACUUCAUUUGUAUUUAUAAAAAUGUACUUAUAAAUAUCUAUUUUUAGUUCAAUCAUUAGCAUAAUUAAAUCAUUUUAAGAAAGCCAGACAAUGUUGUAGAAUGAUUCCUAAUUUAUAUUAUGAUACUGACCAAGAAAUGGCUUAAUGCGAUUUUUGA